CCCGCGACCACCGCGCCGCUCCUCCUUUGUCCACAGCGCCACGGCCUGCCGCGUCUGCACUUCAAAAGGCGCUCAGCGCCGCCUGUCGGCUCCUCCCGCUCCACCACCUCCACCAUGCUGCGCUCGCCCCUCCUGCUGCGCUCCGCUCUGCGCACCUCGCACGGGCCGCCCAGCACCGCCUUCGCUCGGCAAUGGCCACGGUCUGAGCUCCGUCGCGCGCUGCACGGCAAUGCUCCGCUGAGACGACCAGCGCCGACCUCGCCGCUCUUCCUGCGGGCAGUCUGGCGGCCCGCUGCCAAGCCUGCCACGCCCGUCUCGGUGCCCGCCGCAGAUGCCCUCGUCUCGCCCGACGGGCGCAUCAGCGCUCCUCGGCCCGAGGGCAGCGGGCAGGCCAUACCUGCUGGCGUCAUGGACCAGCUGCGCGGUGAUCCAGAGCUUUACGCUCGCUUUGUCAAUGCCGAGGCACCCAGCGCCUCCAAGGCGCUGCUGGUCGCGCUCGGCCUUGCGGGCAGCUGCUACGUCGCAGGCGCAUGGUGGUCCGUCGCGCAAGAGGAGGAGGCGGAGGCGCAGCGCAAGCAGCAGGGAUGGAGCAGGCUGCUGAAAAGCGGUCCGGCCGACUGUCCUCGCUGGACCGCCGGCGCUGCGAGGCUGCAGCAAGCUUGUGACUUCCUCCACCUUCCACAAGCGGUGAGAGAGGCGCUCUCCGACGGCUAUGUCUCCUGCUUCUUGCGAUAUCGCGAUCUCCCGCCGUACUCGCAAGAUGCAGUGCCUAUCAUCGCGCUCAACGCCGGCGUCCUCUUUCUAUGGACACUGUCGCGCAUCCCGGCUGCAGGCGGUCUGCGCCGCCUCAUGAACCGCACGUUCCUUGACGUGCCGAGCUCGGGCAGACGCUGGACGAUGCUGACGAGCAGCUUCUCGCAUUCGGGAUUCAUUCAUUUUGCCAUGAACAACUUUGCGCUGCUCAGUCUCGGCUCCGUCGGCUUUGCCUCGGCCAACUGGUACGCCUCGAGCGGCUUCCGGCGCACCGAGGCAUCCGCCGUGCCGCACCUGUUCGCCUUCGCCGGCGCCGUUGGAAGCCUUGCAGCGCUGGCCUUCCACAUCCAGGGCGCCGUCAACUUCCGCAUGCUGGCGCGCCGCGCUGGCUACGUGUUCGCCAAGGCCAAGAUCGGCACACAGAGCGGCCUCGGCGCCAGCGGCUGGAUCUACGGCGCAAUGGUGCUAACCGUCAUGUCGACGCCCGAAAUGCGUCUCAACAUCCUCUUCCUGCCGCACUUUCAAGUGUCGGGCACGGAGGGCAUGCUAGGUCUCUGCAUGGUCGACGCGCUCUGCAUCCUCUUCCGCGUCCAGAUCUUCGCCCACUGGGUGCACCUCACCGGCGCCGCGCUCGGCUACGCCUACUACUACUACGGCCUGGCGCUGUGGGAGGCGACGCGCGCCCAGGUCCAAGAGGUGCGCGCCCAGCUUGGUCUCAGCCAGGUCGCAAGCCAGAAGGGCGCUUGCCGGGCGAUUGUGCCUGCGCGACAGACAGCGCCAGCGGCGGCGCCGCGCGGCGAGCGGCUCGUCUGACGCUUCUACCUCACCGCUCCGCAUCUGUUCUUCUGGACUGCUCGAACUCGCCUGCUGUGCUUGCUCAAUCGCAUACCCCUGCUCAUCCCAUG